CCCAAUUACCCUUUUCAUCUUUCUUUGUUCUUUUCCCUUUACUUUAUAUCCGAACUUGUUCCCUUGAACAAAAAGAUAGCAAACUUAGCUGCAAGAAUAACAGAAAAAUGGGUUGUUUCAGGCCUAAGAGUUCCAAAACUUCGGCUCCCAUGCAGCCUUCCUCAACUGAACCUGUUCUUGCAUACCCGGAAAACAGGAAUCUCAAACUGGAGGUUCUUUUGCAGAUUCCAGGAUGCACAGUUCAUCUGAUGGAUGAAGGAGAAGCCUUGGAACUUGCCAGGGGUGAGUUCACACUUGUCCGGAUAUUGGAUGCUGAUGUUCCUCUUGCUACCAUUGUUAAGGUUGGUGAGGAACUUCAAUGGCCUUUGACAAAAGAUGAGCCAGUUGUUAAGCUUGAUUCAUUUCACUACCUAUUUUCCUUGCCGAUGAAAGAUGGGAAUCCUCUGAGUUAUGGAGUGACCUUUUCGGGGCAGUAUGGUAGCAACUUGGGCUCGUUGGAUUCGUUUUUAAAGGAGCACUCAUGCUUUUCUGGUGCAGCUUCAACUGGGGAUAAACAUGUUAAUUGGAAGGAGUAUGCCCCCAGGAUUGAAGAUUACAACAAUGUUUUGGCAAAGGCCAUUGCUGGAGGGACCGGCCAGAUUGUUAAAGGAAUCUUCAAAUGCAGCAAUGCUUAUACUAGCCAGGUGCAGAAAGGAGGAGAAAUCAUUUUAACGCCAGCAAGUAAUGGCUACAAAAGCAGCGGGGCCCCAAGGAAGAGUAGUGGAGCUAACAAAAGCCUAAAACGUGUGAGAAAGCUGUCGAAAAUGACUGAAAAGCUAAGCAAAUCAAUGCUUGACGUGGUUGGUGUGGCUAGCGGAACAGUGAUGGCCCCCUUGGUUAACUCCAAACCUGGGAAAGCUUUCCUAUCCAUGGUUCCAGGAGAAGUUCUUGUAGCUUCCCUUGACGCUGUCAACAAGGUUCUGGAUGCAGCUGAAGUUGCUGAAAAGCAAGCUUUUUCUGCAACAUCCACUGCAGCAACCAGAAUGAUGACUGAUAGGUUCGGUGAAAGAGCAGGGGAGGCCACUGAAGAUGUGCUAGCAACUGCAGGGCAUUGUGCUAGUGCUGCUUGGAAUAUCUUCAAGAUAAGGAAGGCAAUCACUCCUUCAUCCACAGCCAGUGCUGGACUAUUGAACAAUGCAGCCAAGUACAAAAGCAGGAAAUCUUAUAAUUAAGGCUCCUCUAUUCGAGAGAUUUUAUGAUCUGCAAACGAAAAAAAAUAUUUAGAAGGCUAUAAUCUAUUUUGUAUUGAAACUGAACCAAAUCCUUUAAGUGUUCUAAAGCAUGUCAUGAAUCUGUGUGUAUUUUCCAAUAAAUCUUUUUUUUUUCUCA